UAUUUUAUUUGUUUUGAAGAGUAUAGGAAGCACUGCUCUCGAGUGUCCUGCCUUCACCCUUUACCUGCCUUGCCUACCUACUUGCGUUGUCCGUGGUGCGCGUAUAAAUAUUGGUGUUCGACAGGUGGCGCGCAUUUUGCGCAUUUGCAGAGUGCUGAAGGAACGCCUGUUGAAUCUCACUGAAAGAAUGCAAGUCGCACGUAAACAACCGAUACUGACUACUUUUAACUGGUGCAAAACAGCAAGUUUCACAGACAGGGUAGGACUAUAGCCUAGGCCACAAACGAAAACGGCAUUAGCUUAUCUAUCAACUUAAAUGAAGGUAGGCCUAUUCUGUUUACUACCAUUCAAACGCACCACCUCAGGGUGAAAUAACAUUUUUUUUUGGUUUAUUGCGUUUUACUCCCUUUUAAUAAUUCUUUUUUUUUUUUUAACUUUUAUUCCAUUUUGUUUUAGUUGUUUAUUUCCUUUCAUUUUUGUCUAAAUUUAAAUUUCAGUAUAGUUACCUCGACAGUAAAUCAUUAUGGUACAACUUUUUUUUUAAAUGUGCCAUAGCCUACAAAUAAAGUUGUUUGCAUGAUCAUUAAACGUGAGAUCAACAAGUUCCCUUGUGGGAGCCAUUAGCAGGUUUUGUAUUGUUGAGACCAUAGACAUAUAUAUAUGAAUGAGUUUAGACUAUGGGGCGGAGUGUGGGCGCGUCCUAAGGAAGUGGGACGUGGCUUAAUAGUAUUUUCCAGCGACUGUGCUGUUUACGGUGAGCACAACUGCCCCAGCGCCUCCUACACACGACCCAGACAAACCACUUCAGCUGCGAACCGGGACCGAUAUUCCUAGACGAUUUCCCAGAGUUAUUUUUUCAAUAGUCUCAUAACAUAACGAAAUGUAAUAGGCUAUAUUUGUGGUAUGUUCCGUGACUUUUAAAUAGCCGAAGCAAUACCUCCAAACAUUGGACUUAACAUGUCAGAGAAAGCACAAGAGAAGAACUCCUUGGUGUUGGAAAUCCGAAACAGGGCACCUGAAGGAUCGCGUCAAAGUCAAGCCCAGGACGGAAAGAGUCAGCCGCGACUGAAUGGGUGCGUCCCACUGUCACAUCAGGUGGCGGGUCACAAAUAUGGCAUCGACAAAAUGGGUAUCCUACAGCAUCCUGAUGGCACCGUGCUUAAACAGCUCCAGCCACCCCCAAGAGGCCCUCGGGAGAUGGACUUUUACACACAGGUGUUUGGUGAGGGCUGCUCAGAUCCCCUGCUUCUGGCACUGCGGCCGCACCUACCCACAUUCUACGGCACCUGGUCAUCACCAGACACGCCCAAUGAUCUGUACCUGAAGCUGGAGGAUGUGACACGCAGGUUCUCCAGGCCGUGCAUCAUGGACGUGAAGGUGGGCCGCCGCAGCUACGACCCCCUGGCCCUGCUCGAGAAGCGUGAGCAGCAGAUCGCCAAGUACCCGCUGAUGGAGGAGAUCGGCUUCCUGCUUCUGGGCAUGAGGGUGUAUCAGCCGAGUCAUGACUGCUAUGUCCGUCACGAUCAGCUCUUCGGACGCAGCCUGGUGAAGGACACUCUUACCGGAGGUCUGGCUCGGUUCUUCCACGACGGGGUGAAGCUCCGGAAACAGACCAUCCAUCUCUGCAUCCGCAAAGUCCAGAACAUUCUGCGUUGGUUUGAGAGUCAAAAGCAGUUUCACUUCUAUGCCAGCUCCCUGUUGUUUGUGUACGAGGGUGCGUCUGGUGUACACGCGGCAGCCGAACCUAACAACAACAACCACCACCACCACCACCACCCGCCUCAGGACUUUUCCCGCAUGGGUACCCCGACCAAGAACUCCUGCGGUCGGGGAGGCUGUGCCGGAGACCUCCCUGAGAGUUUGCAGAAUGGAGCUCAGACACACAGCUCACCUCUUAAUUUGGGGCAGAGCAAUGGGAAUGGAGAGACUGAGAUGGAGGAGGAGGAGGAGGAGAGAGAGGAGGACUCAGGUGGAUGGAGUGGGGAUGAAGGGACUGAGGGUCACGUAGAAGUGAGAAUGAUUGACUUUGCCCACGUUUUCCCCAGCCAAAGCCCCGACGAGGGCUACACGCAUGGCCUGAUGAACCUGCUGUCCACACUGGAGAAGAUCCUCCAAGACUGACCUUGUGCCUCUCCAUGUUGCUCUCUCAUUCUCUCUCCAUGUUGCUCUCUCAUUCUCUCUCUCUGUAUCUCUCAUUCUCUCUCUCUGUAUCUCUCAUUCUCUCUCUCUGUAUCUCUCAUUCCCUCUCUCUGUAUCUCUUGUUCUCUCUCUUUGUUCUUGCACUCUGAGUCAACCCAUCUCAUAAUCAUCGGUGUGUGUAAUAGAUACGACCUUCAGGGACUUUCUGAUAGAAACACAGGUGUUGCACCCUCUCUGUCUCAGGUAGAUAUGGAUUUUCAUCCCUAAUGUGGUGUGUGCAAUGUAAUAGAGUUUAUGCAACUGUGACAAAUUGAAUUAAUUUAUAUGAUGACAUAACCUUUUCUUGAGAUUUCUUCUUUGACUUGCCAAAUUAAUUUCAUCAGUCUUUUUAACAAAUAUGGAAUUUUGUAUUCUCUUAACUACAUUAAGUGUAGUUUUAAUACGCCUUUAUAUUUGUAUGGGAUUCUGCAGGAAUAACUGGACAACAGAUAUGAUUGUACAUCAAAUUGUAAUGAAAUGUUAUCAAGUAACUCGUAACAAAGCUUUUGCAGCAUGUGACCACCUCAUUCCCUGUCAUCUUAAAUGAUUUAAACUACUGGUACUGACAAAGUUGAACAGUCUUUGGCACAGAGAGAAACUACGGACCUGUUCUGUUACGGUACAUCUAAUUUUUGAGAACAAAUGCACUUAUCUGUGCAGUCAUAAUAUUUUUAAAACAUUAUCAUGUCCAAGUCUUUUGAUGUUUUAAAAUAACAUCAUGAACGGACAUUUGAAAACGGAAGUUUUUUGUGGCUGUCUUGUAAAAUACGAGGUAAUUACACAUUUACAACUCUUAGGAUGUUAAACAUCCACAGUGGCUGUCCAACAGUAAUAAUUUUUCAAAGAGCUGUGAAGAUAUUCAUUCCUUUCUGACAAGACAGGGAAUCUGUACUUGAAGGCAAAAUAAUGUAUUCUUCAGUGUGAACAUUAUCAUCACACUGCCACUAUCCUCAGUGCUGUGAAAUGGAAAUGAAAAAUGAGUCUUUGUAGAAUUUGCAGAGCUUCUAUUAUUUCAGCUAAUGCUGAAGCCUGGUAGACAAAGACCGCAUUAGACUCUUGUUAUAAUGCUGAAGAGCCAACAAGGCGACGCUAAAGGCCAGAAUGUCUCCGACAGUUCAGGAAAUUGCCUUCAACCAUCUUUGUCUGAUUACUAAGUUUAUAUCUACAAGUAAAUAUGAGAUGUAAUCUUGAACAUGAUUGGCUGAUGUGAAAAGACAUUACCUGGUAAUGGCCCUUUUCUGUAUGCACAUUUCCUAUUCUGAAAUGCAAAGGGGUAUUCCUUGUUCACGAUGCUGCUGACAUGGCCAGUUAAAGGUUUUAUUUUAAUGAUGAACUAAUGUUCCCUAAGCAGCUUGAUUGUUCCAUAGAUCAUACCUGACUCGUUAGCUUACAGCUGCUCAUGAAAUAAAGCCAGCUGCUGUUCUGGGUCUGAACUGCCUCAUAACUGAAUCCUCCCCUUCACACACACACAAGCAUACCUUUGUACUACAUGUUUAUUACAUAUCUAGAAAUAUCCUGGAAUGACAAAUGGUAACUGGAAUAUUUUUAUACUUUUAUUUUUGUUUUUAAUUUCAUUUCUAUGCACAUAAAGUGUAGACAUUUCAUUAGCUUUUUUUCAUUGAAUAUGUAUGCAGUCUUUAUGGUUCCAACAGUGAUGGCAUUGCUGGUUGUACAUUGUAUGCAUAUUUUGAACAAUGUUCUAAUAAUUUAAAAUGAAUUUAUUUGUCUAAUGAACUGUCCAAUAAAACUAAUGAAAUGAUCAGUA